UCCUCUCACCUUCUGAUGGUCUAUUGCAUUAUAACUGUUUCCGUUGUGUGCAAAUUUGUGUGGUUUUAAAAAUUAUUAUUAUUAAAUUAAAACUCUUCCCUGAAUCAUUAGCUCUUAUAGAUAUCCUGCUGAGGCAUCCCAGACGGCUUCGGUGUCUUCUUGGAUCUGGAUGUGCUAUCAUCCUCCUGCUCGUGGGAGCCAUAAUAGCACUUGGUGUUUGGGGAAUCCCACUGAAAGCUUGGGAGACCAAAGAGUCUCUGGAUGCUCUGGAGGAUCCACAUGCCGUCCAAGAAUCCAACUGCAGCCAAGGAUGCAACCAUGGGACUCAACAGACCAGCCACAAUGACUUUCAGGCUUUGCUACAGUUUCUCUGCAAGUUGCAUGACAAUGAUCCAUCAGAAACUUCAAAGUGCAAACUCUGCCCUGAAAACUGGCGGCGUCAUGAGAACAAGUGCUACUGGAUCUCCAAAGAAAAACAAACCUGGAAUGUCAGUCAGGAUGACUGUACGGGGAAAGUCUCUCACCUUGCCGUGAUUCAGAAAAAAGAAGAGCUGGAUUUCAUACAGCAGAUCACUGAUGGGGCACAGCUUCUGUGGAUUGGACUGACAGUCGUACCCCAUACACAGGAAUGGGCCUGGGUAGAAGGUUCACUGUUUAAUGACACACUGUUGCCAGUGACAGAAGCUGCUGAAAUCAACAGCUGUGGAAUGCUGAAAGGAAGCAAAGUUAUAUCAGACGCUUGCACUGCAGUAGCCAACUGGAUCUGUGAGAAAGAGGCUUUUCUGGUGUAAAUAUGUAACAAUAAGCUGUGCAGCAAACAUAUAGUCUAGUGGUUCCUAACCUUGGGUAACCCGGGGUACUUGGACUACAACUCCCAGAAACCCUGGCCAGCACAGCUUGUAGUGAAGGCUUCUGGGAGUUGCAGUUCAGUUACUGAUCCAAGGUUGUGAGGCACUGAGUCAUAGUCUAUAUGCAGAACUGUUUAUCUGGGUCUUAUUUCAGUACAGCUGUGCAAAGAAUGAUCUAGGUUAGUGGUUCCCAACCUUAGGUAACCCAAAUGUUCUUGGACUGUAAUUCCCAGAAGCCUUCACCAUCAGUUGUGCUUGCCAGGGAUUCUGGGACUUGCAGUCCAAGAACAUCUGAGCUUGGGAAACCACUGACCUUGGUGUAAAGACAACCUCACCCCUUCAUUUUCCUUUCCUAAGCACCAAAGAUCCUGGAGCUGCUCUCUAAAGGGGUGUUGAACCAAGGCGGGGCAGAGGAGGAAUGAAACAUUUGAGAGUGGGAAACAGUUGAGACCCUCAACGCCUUUAAGUCAGUACAGAGUGAAGGCAGGAAACACUGUAUUUAUUGUAAAAGAGUACCAAGGAGGGAAGAACGCUUUUGUUGAUUUGAUUCUCUUUGAUGCUUACUUUUGAAGAUUUGUUAAAGACCUGUUUGUUUUUAAAAAAAUAAAAAAAAGCAUU